AUGCCGACCUACACCAAAGGCGACGCAAGCUCGAUUGUAGAUCUCACCUUUGUCAGCAGCAGUAUUGCCAGAAAAAAUUGCAACUGGAGAGUGUUAAACAUCUACACUGCCAGCGAUCACAAUGCAAUUCUGUGGGAAACAGCAAACCACCAGAGCCCUAGAAGGUCUAAUAACCAACUGAACACCAUCGGUUGGAAAGUGAAAUCCUUUGAUCCAAGUGCAUUGCUAGUAUCUCUAGACUCUGACCCGAUUAUCACUGGACCUGCAGAAGAUAAGACCAAAGAUCUGUUGACGAGACUGACCCGAGCUUGUGACGCCAGCAUGCCUCGUAAACGAGGUAAUAAUCAACGACCAUCGGUGCACUGGUGGAACGACCGAGUCAGUACGCUCCGGGCAAAGUGUCUUAAGAAAAGAAGAAUAUCUAAGCGUGGCUACCGACGACCUAACUCUGCAGAGCUGAUUGCAGAGUACAAACAGGCGCGUCGGAAUCUAAACAAAGCCAUCAAGGAAAGCAAAAGACGCUGCUGGACGGAACUCGUCGAAGAAGUGGAUAGGGACCCAUGGGGUAGACCGUAUAAGGUGGUCAUGACCCACCUGAAGAGCCAGCCAAUGCCAUCGCCAACGUGCCCACAACUCCUACUGAAGAUCGUAGCUGCGCUGUUUCCACGGCAACGUGAUUUUAUGUAUUCAUCACUGCAGUUGAAUUCCGAAGACAUUCCACCUGUCACGAAGGAAGAACUGAUGGAGGCCAGCAACCGCGUCGGGAAUAAUAAAACGCCGGGAUUGGACGGAAUCCCUAAUAUCGCUUUAAAAACAUCUGUAAAAUCGCGUUAUUCCUUGACGUCUACAACACCUGCCUCAAGGAGGGGACUUUACCUCGUAAGUGGAAACAGCAACGACUGGUACUACUACCUAAAGGUAAAAAACCACCAGAAGAGCUGUCAUCCUCUGUGCAUGCUAGACACGGUGGGCAAGAUAUUUGAACGUAUAAUCCACCAACGGAUAGAAGCAGUUGUCGAUCCGCUCCUGGCGGACAAUCAGUACGGAUUCCGAAAAGGACGAUCAACCCUGGACGCGAUCAAUCUGGUUGUUAACACGACCAAGGAGGCAAUCGCUGGAACUAGAUGGAAAGGUGGUACAAAGAAGUACUGUCUGGUGGCCGCUUUGGACAUCAGAAACGCCUUAAAUUCCGCCAAAUGGGACUGCAUCAGCCCUCCAAGAGAAAAACGUCCCAGAAUGUCUGUGUAG